AAAACCCAUGCCUUUCAGGCUUUUAAGCAACUCCCAAAAUCUCUCCCCCCCUUUGGAUUGUAGUGGAGUGUCUAUACAAAGACUGCUGCUUUUGCAAUUUCUUGCCUGUUUUUCAGAAGGGAAUAUCUAAAAAGCCUCUGUCUUCCUCUCCCAGAAUCUCAGAUGCGCUGCUAAUGAAAUCUUGCUCAGUUGUUUAAAGGGAGCGUAUUCGUGGGAUGGAAAUUCUUUCGUGCCAUUCUGGACUGUGUAGGCAUUCCAUUUUACAACAGAGAAGUUUGUGUUGCAUUGUUUUCAAACCUAGCCAUAUGAGAUCGUCCCCCUUGGAUCAUUUUAGAUCGAACAAAUUUUGCAGGAGUCAACAUUGUCUGACUAUCGGUGGUUUUAAGGGAUUACAACAAAAUUCUGGUUCCAGUCUCGUCGGGGGAACCUAUAACUCUUAUAUACUCGAUCGGGAAGAGGGUGCCCGUAGCAUAACUGAUACUGGGAAAGUACGAGAAAUUUUGAUACCGGGUUUGCCAGAUGAAUCCAAGGGUGAAUACGUAGCUCCAAUUAGCAGUUGCUUCUGGGAAUGGAAGCCUAAACUGAACGUUCAUUACGAAAAAUCAGGGUCUGAAAAUGUGAAUUCCCCGCCAAUACUUUUUCUCCCGGGCUUUGGCGUUGGGUCCUUCCACUAUGAAAAACAGCUGAAGGAUCUUGGCCGUGAUUUCAGAGCUUGGGCGUUAGACUUUCUAGGGCAGGGUUUGUCAAUGCCGAGCGACGAUCCAACUUUGCAGUCCGGAGAAGAGGAUCUCGUUUGGGGUUUUGGAGAUGAAGCUCAACCUUGGGCAAAAGAACUCGUUUAUUCUAUGGACUUGUGGAGAGACCAAGUUCGCUCUUUUAUCGAAGAGGUAAUAAAAGAACCGGUUUACAUUGUGGGAAAUUCACUUGGAGGCUACGUUGCACUCUACUUUGCAGCACGCAAUCCUCAUUUGGUGAAAGGCGUAACUUUGCUAAACGCAACGCCUUUUUGGGGUUUUCUUCCUAAUCCUAUCAAGUCUCCAAGAUUAUCCCGAAUAUUCCCAAUGCCGGGAACAUUUCCUAUUCCAGCACCCGUUAGAAAGAUGACAGAACUUGUAUGGCAGAAAAUUAGCGAUCCUGAUAGUAUCACGGAGGUUCUUAAACAGGUUUAUGCGGAUCACUCUACGAACGUUGAUGGAGUCUUUUCCCGUAUACUUGAGACGACGAAGCAUCCGGCUGCAGCAGCAGUGUUUACUUCAAUAAUGUUUGCUCCUCAGAGCCAAUUAUCAUUCGACGAGGCUCUUUCUGGGUGUCGAGCGAACAACAUACCGAUCUGUCUCGUAUAUGGGAAGGAUGAUCCGUGGGUGAAGCCUAUCUGGGGCGCACAGGUGAAGAGGCGAGUGCCUGAAGCUCCAUAUUACGAGAUUAGCCCUGCUGGUCACUGCCCCCACGACGAAGUCCCAGAGGUUGUGAAUUUUCUACUACGCGGGUGGAUCACAAGCUUGGAGUCGAAGGGCUCGGUUGCAUUGCCGCUUGUUGAUAGCCCGGAAAGCGCUGCAUUGGACGUUUUUAAAGAGCUGGAAUUCGUUCGAGAGGGAUUGAGAAAACCAGUAAAUGUACAGUUCUAUGGAUCCAACUUCUCUUUCUGGAAAAGGUUUGGCUCAUACCUUAACCUUCCAUUCCAAGGCAAUGGUCUUCCAAGUAAAUAAUUUGCUUGUGAUGUAGAUGGUGAUUGUUUUGCAUUUAGGAUUGGUAUUCAAUCUCCCAGAACCACAUAGUUGUAAAGAUGUGAAAUUCAUAAUACAUAGAAUCAUAGAUUUUUUAUUAUUUUUUUUUUUUGGGU